GGUCAUGUGACCCAAAUCUCUGCACACCGGCUGCUGAUCACCGCGGACCUUCCCCACCAACCCGUCAGUGUCCAGCUCGUCUCCGCUGCCGCAGGGUCCAUUUAACCCGUCCUCUCCGCCCCGGUGAGACAGAAAGGUGCCGGACAUGGCUCGGACCGCCGCGGUUUGCGUCCUGCUCUCGGUCGUUGUCUCGGCUGUGUCCGCCGGACUGUUUUUCAACCAGAACCAUCCGUGUUUUGUCCGCACACCGAGGAAAAACAACUUCGGCUUGAGAACCGGUCCUCGGCCCCAUGAGUACCUGAACAUCUCUGACCUGCCCAAGGUGUGGGACUGGAGGAACGUCAACGGGACCAACUUCGUCAGCACGACUCGCAACCAGCACAUCCCGCAGUACUGCGGCUCCUGCUGGGCGCAUGGCAGCACCAGCGCCAUGGCAGAUCGCAUCAACAUCAAGAGAAAAGGAGCGUGGCCUUCCGCUUACCUCUCUGUGCAGCAUGUGAUCGACUGCGGCGACGCGGGCUCUUGCCACGGCGGCGAUCACACCGGAGUUUGGGAGUAUGCGAACUCUCACGGCAUCCCAGAUGAAACCUGCAACAACUACCAGGCUAAAGACCAGGAUUGCAAGCUCUUCAACCAGUGCGGCACCUGCACCACCUUCGGACAGUGCAACAUCGUCAAGAACUACACCAUGUGGAAGGUUGGGGACUACGGCUCCGUCAGCGGGAGAGAGAAGAUGAUGGCCGAGAUUUAUGCCAGAGGACCAAUCAGUUGUGGGAUUAUGGCCACAGACAAGCUGGACGCGUACAGCGGAGGCAUCUACUCCGAGUACCAGGAGGAAGCGUUCAUCAACCACAUCGUGUCGGUGGCGGGAUGGGGCUUCGAGGACGGGGUCGAAUACUGGGUCGUCCGCAACUCCUGGGGCGAGCCGUGGGGUGAGCGGGGUUGGCUGAGGAUUGUGACCAGCGCUUACAAAGGAGGAAGUGGCAGCAAGUACAACCUGGCGCUGGAGGAGGACUGCAUGUACGGAGAUCCCAUCGUCCCCAAAGAUUACCUCUAGACGAGCUCCGGGUCACGCAAUGCUGUUGUCUUCCUAUCAUAAUGGUGAAGGGAAACUUUUAUAUGCUUGUACAAAAACAAAAAGGGAUUUAAAAAAAAUUUUUUUUUACAUAUAUUUUAAAAAAAUUAUGCUGAGGUCUGAAGAUUUGCUGUAGUGGAGAUUUUCUGCAGGCUGAAAUUCUGAGACUUAAAUGAUUUUUAAUUGGAGGGUUUGAUGCAUCUGUCCUCUAGAGAAAUGUUGAUGUUUGAACAGCCAUUUAUCUGUGCAUGAAAGACUUUACACACAACUUUUUUUUAUUUGUGACGAAUCCAAAGCAAAGCAGCACUGAAUGUCUGUUUUCUGAUUAUUGCACUACAGGAAAUGCAACUUUUAAUGUGCCUUAUUAGGACUUAAUGUCAAACUAGUAAUUAUGCUACUUUGUUGAACAAUCCAGCACACCAAUAUUCUUUGUUUCAAACAGUAUCAAUAAACACUGAGGUUACUUCA